GCCCCGCUCCCACUUCCGACGGGCCGGGCCGGGGCGGGCGGCGGCGGGCGCGGAAUCGACGUGUCGGGAGCGGAGAGCCGGAGCCGCGCCAUGGAGCUGGAGGCCAUGAGCAGAUACACCAGCCCGGUGAACCCGGCCGUCUUCCCGCACCUCACCGUGGUGCUGCUGGCCAUCGGCAUGUUCUUCACCGCCUGGUUCUUCGUCUACGAGGUGACUUCUACCAAGUACACGCGGGAUAUCUACAAGGAGCUGCUGAUCUCGCUGGUGGCUUCGCUCUUCAUGGGCUUCGGCGUCCUCUUCCUGCUGCUGUGGGUCGGCAUCUACGUGUGAGGCUGAGCAAGCGGCGUCCUGCUGCUCCUCGUCCCUGCCUGUGGGAAACCCUGCAGAGCCUCCUUUUGUAUUUCUUUUCUACUUGCCAGGCCACAUCCCCCAUGAGGGACUGUGCUGAGGUGGAGUGACACCCACCAGCCCCCCAGACCAAACCUGAAUAAAACUGGCUCUGUCAUGCACCA